CGGAGUACGAGUGAACAGCAUUUAUCGAAAACCAUAGAAAAAUAACGGUCUUUUCGGAGAAGCUAGUUGGAAACCAUCUUCUUUUUCAUCUGUCCCCUCUUUUCUCUUCCCUCCCUCCAUUUCCUUCCUUUUUCCGCCAUUUUCACACCUCUUUCUCUCUCUCUCUUCUUCCGCCGUCUCCUUCGGAUCAUCUUCUUCCUCUCGUUUCUUUCCCAUUUCUGCCUUUCUAUGCUCGUUUUCGAGAGCUCUUGCUCCUUGCUCGAGCUCUCGAUCUCUCCUUUUCUCUCUCUUUCCAUCAUCAUCAAUAAUCUUCUGUAAAAAUGUUAUUUGAGGGAUAAUCGGCGAGAAAUUAGGUUACAAAAUCGGAGAAAAAGAAGUAAAAACGGAAAAAAUGGAGAUGGCAGCACAAUUGAAGCGAGGAAUAUCGAGGCAAUUCUCAACAGGAUCGUUGAGAAAAUCAGGGAGGUUCAGCUUCAAAAGGCAGACAUCAAUGGAUCCUCAAAGAAACACAAUGAGGUUUAGUUUCGGGCGGCAAUCGUCGCUCGAUCCGAUACGGAGAAGCGCGGUAAAGGAGGAGCCGUUGACGGUGCCGGAUAAUCUGGAUGCUACGAUGCAGUUGUUGUUUAUGGCUUGUACAGGAGAUUUGAAAGGACUUCAGGAUUUGUUGGAUGGAGGUACUGAUGUUAAUAGCAUUGAUUUGGAUGGAAGGACUGCUUUGCAUAUUGCUGCUUGUGAAGGGAAUGUUGAGGUUGUUAAGUUGUUGUUGAGUCGGAGAGCGAAUAUCGAUGCUCGUGAUCGUUGGGGCAGUACGGCAGCAGCUGAUGCAAAGUAUUAUGGAAAUAUGGAUGUUUACAAUAUUCUGAAGGCUCGGGGUGCAAAAGUUCCAAAAACUAGGAAAACUCCCAUGGCAGUUGCAAAUUCUAAAGAAGUCCCAGAAUACGAACUUAAUCCACUUGAGCUUCAAGUUCGUAGAUCUGAUGGUAUUGCAAAGGGAGUAUAUCAGAUUGCUAAGUGGAAUGGUACCAAGGUUGCUGUAAAAAUACUUGAUAAAGAGAGCUAUUCUGAUCCAGAAAGCAUAAAUGCUUUCAAAAAUGAGUUGACAUUAUUGGAAAAGGUGCGUCAUCCUAACAUCAUUCAGUUUGUUGGAGCUGUAACCCAAAAUAUCCCAAUGAUGAUUGUUGUGGAACUCCAUCCAAAGGGUGAUUUAGGAUGCUAUCUUCAAAAGAAAGGACGUUUAUCACCAUCUAAAUCAUUAAAAUUUGCACUUGAUAUUGCAAGGGGAAUGAAUUACCUUCAUGAGUGCAAACCUGAUCCAGUUGUCCAUUGUGAACUAAUGCCCAAAAAUAUUUUGCUCGAUAGUGGAGGACAAUUGAAGGUAGCUGGAUUUGGUUUGGUACGAUUGUCAAAAAUAUCAGCUGAUAAAUUUAAAUUAGCGGACCCCAGAGCGUCCACUCGUAAUGCAAGUGUAUAUACAGCUCCUGAGCUCUACAAAGAUGAAAUUUUUGACAAGAGAGUGGAUGCAUACUCCUUUGCCAUUAUUCUUUACGAGAUGAUUGAAGGUGUUCAUCCUUUCCACCCAAAGCCUGCAGAAGAAGCCAUUCAACAUAUGUGUUUGGAGGGGAAAAGACCACCAUUUAAAAAGUUGAAAAAUUAUCCAACGGAACUAAAAGAAUUGAUCGAACUAUGUUGGAGUGGAGUUCCUACUGUUAGACCGAGCUUCGCUGAGAUCAUUUUGCGGUUGGACAGUGUGGUUGCCAAUGGUUGUAAACAGGGAUGGUGGAAAGACGCCUUCAAGCUUCCAUGGUUGUAGGAAGAUGUUAAGGACACUCAAAAUAUGAUAUGGAAACAAAAGAACCUGUAUAGAACUACAGAUACUUUGUUGAAGCCCAGAUUUAUCCCACAAGAACAAUUUUUACAUUGUACUUGCUGUUAUAGGUUUUGGUUGAGAGACCUAUAUGAAUUAGAGAGAAUUGAUCUAUAUAUGAAUAUGAUCACGACACGAUCACUUCAGUCUGUAGUUCUGUUGCUCCUUUCAUCUGUUUUUCUUUUUUCUGGAAAGGACUGGAACAGCUUCUUUCCAUGUAUAUUGUGUGCAAAAAUACAUAUAUCCAUAUUGUUUUACUCAUUAAUAAGCAGUAUAAUGUAUUUAUUA